AUGCACAUUGAGGGUUCCCUAAGUGCCCGUGAGAAGGUUGGAGUGCAAGAUUUUGUGCUGCUAGAUUCCCACACCAGUGAGACCGCUUUCCUUGAAAAUCUACGCAAACGGUUCCAGGAGAAUCUUAUCUAUACGUAUAUUGGGACACUGCUGGUUUCUAUGAACCCAUAUAUGGAUCUUGAUCUGUAUACCCAACAUCAGAUGAACAUGUACCAAGGUGUAAAUUUAAUUGAGCUGCCUCCACACAUAUAUGCAGUUGCAGAUAAUGCCUAUAGGGUGAUGUGCACAGAGAGGAACAAUCACUGCAUACUGAUAUCCGGAGAAAGUGGAUCUGGAAAAACAGAGACAUCAAAGAAAACCCUUCAGUACUUGGCUAUGGCAUGUCCAACCACAGAGAAGCUUCACACAAUCAGAGACAGGCUUCUCCUUUCAAAUCCUGUCCUGGAGGCUUUUGGAAAUGCCAAAACUCUCUGUAAUGACAACUCAAGCAGAUUUGGAAAAUAUAUGGAUGUACAAUUUGACUACAAGGGUGCGCCGGCUGGAGGACAUAUUCUUAGCUAUUUGAUAGAGAAGUCACGGGUGGUCCAUCAGAAUCAAGGUGAGAGGAACUUCCACAUAUUCUAUCAGUUAUUGGAGGGAGGAGAAGAUCAUCUGAUACGUUGGUUGGGCCUGGAGCGUAAACCUGAGCUUUAUAGCUACCUUGUCCAAGGUGAAUGUGCCAAAGUCAGUACCAUCUGUGACAAGUCAAACUGGAAGCUGGUACGUAGGGCUUUUACUAUCAUUGAGCUCACUGAGGCGGACAUCGAGAAUCUCUUUGGAUUAAUAGCCAGUGUCUUGCAUCUGGGGAACAUAAAGUAUGAGGAAGACAGCCAUGGCCAUGCCAUAAUUAAGAAUGGCACACAAAUCCAGCUGGUAUCAAAGCUUCUUGGUAUUCCUGUGUCCCUGUUACAAGAGGCUUUAACACACAAGAAGAUUGAAGCUAGAUAUGAGCAGGUUCUCAGUCCUCUGAAUUUAGAGUUGGCAUACUAUGCCCGUGAUGCCCUUGCCAAAGCAAUGUAUGGGAGAUCCUUCAGCUGGCUUGUUAAUAAAAUUAACGGAUCUCUAGUUAAUAAGGAACCACCAAAGAAAGCUGUAAUUGGACUUUUGGACAUCUAUGGCUUUGAGGUUUUUGAAACAAACAGCUUUGAGCAGUUCUGCAUUAAUUACUGCAAUGAAAAACUGCAGCAGCUCUUCAUUGAUAUGACACUAAAGGCAGAGCAAGAAGAAUAUGAAACAGAGGGAAUUGAGUGGGAACCCGUGCAGUAUUUUGACAACAAAAUUAUUUGUGACUUAAUUGAAGAGAAGCACAAGGGAAUCAUCGCUAUAAUGGAUGAAGAAUGUUUGCGUCCCGGGGAAGCCACUGAUCUUAGCUUUCUAGCAAAGCUGGAAGAAAAGGUUGGAGAUCACCCUCACUUUACGACCCGCAAACUUGCCGGCCCUGGAGCCAGGAUUUCAAUAGACUGGGUAGAUUUCCAGUUAAUCCACUAUGCGGGAGAAGUUACAUAUUGUGCUGUAGGAUUUUUGGAGAAAAAUAAUGACUUGCUUUACAGGAAUCUCAAGGAGGUGCUUAUAAAAUCAAAAAAUUAUAUAGUAAGGGACUGCUUUCACACUUCAGAACUGGACAACAAAAAGCGGCCUGAGACUGUGACCACCCAGUUCAAGAAUAGUUUGACAAGUCUGAUAGAAAUCCUGAUGUCUAAGGAACCUGCAUAUAUUAGAUGUAUCAAACCAAACAACGACAAGCUUCCAGGAAAAUUUGAUGAAAUGUUGGUCCGCCAUCAGGUAAAAUACCUAGGUUUAAUGGAGCAUUUAAGAGUCAGAAGAGCAGGAUUUGCAUACCGUAGAAAAUACGAGACAUUCUUACAGAGAUAUAAAUCAUUGUGUCCAGAAACAUGGCCAAACUGGGCUGGUCCUGCACGAGAAGGCGUUGAGAGGUUGGUGAAGUAUAAUGGUUACCAACCGAAUGAAUACAAGCUUGGAAGGACGAAACUUUUCAUACGCUUUCCCCGUACUUUAUUUUCCACCGUGGAUGCAUUUGAAUUGAGAAAGCAUCAGUUGGUUUCUAAAAUCCAAGCCAAAUACAAAGGGUGUUUAGGAAAGAGAGCUUUUUUGAAAAAGAAGAAAGCAGCUAUCAAACUGGAAGCAUGCUGGAGAGGAGUCAUGGGCCGUAAAGCUGCCAAGAAGCGAGCAUGGGCUGCACAAAUCAUACGGAAUUUCAUCAGUGGAUUCAUAAACCGGAAUAAAAAGUCUAGUGACACAAACAGAGAUUUUCUUUGCAUGAUGCAUUAUAACUACCUCGUAAAACUGAAGGACCAUGUGCCUAAAAAUGUCCUUGACAAGACUUGGCUACAGCCGCCGAUGGCUAUGACAAAGACCUCAGAAUUGCUUCAUAAAAUGUGCAUCAGAAAUUUGGUGAGGAAAUACUGCAGAUCAAUUACUCCUCAAAGAACAGAACAGAUGCGCCAGAAAGUUGUGGCCAGUGAACUUUUCCAAGGGAAGAAGGAAGGCUAUGAGCAAAGUAUUAGCCAACCUUUUGAAGAAUCGCGGUUGACUGAACAGGAUAUCAGUCCGAAAGUCCAUCAGCUCAUGUUAUAUGACAAGAUGAAGUAUGGCACUGCAGUAAUAAAGUACGACAGGAAUGGAUUUAAAGCUCGACCUCGGAAUCUCGUGUUGACACAGACAACACUAUAUGUCACCGAGCUAGCCAAGAUCAAGCAAAAGAUUGAAUACACAAACCUGAAAGAAAUAUCUGUCAGUAACUUGAGUGAUGGAUUCUUAGUCGUCCAUGUAUCUCCAGAAGACAAUAAGCAGAAGGGGGAUGUUGUAUUACAAUGCGAUCAUAUCUUUGAGGUGGUCACCAAGCUGUGCAUGCUGGCCUCGAAACAAGAUGCUGUCAACAUAUGCAAAGGAUGCAUCAAAUUUCAAUUUCAAAGCAAGAGUGCAGUUAUCGAUUUCACAACAGCAGCAGAGUCCCAGGUGUACAAGGCCAAGAAUGGGCACCUCACCGUGACAUCACCGAGAUUAAAAUCCAAAUGA